CCCCACCGUUAACGACAACAAGGUGGUCGCCGGCAGCGACGGCAAGAUCGUGUGGCGUCACACUCCCUGGCUCGGCACUCACGCCGCCAAGGGCCCCCACCGUCCCUUACGUCGCCUCAUUCAGGGACUUGACCCGGAGAGCACGGCUCGGUUGUUCGGCAAGGCACAGUGCAUGGGGGAGAGGAGCAUAGGGGAGGAGGAAUGCUUCGUGCUGAAAGUGGCGGCGGAACGGGAGGCGGUGAUGGAGAGGAGCGAGGGUGGGGCGGAGGUGUUGAGGCACGUCCUCCACGGCUACUUCAGCCAGAAGAGCGGCCUCCUCAUUUACCUCGAGGACUCCCACCUCGUCCGUGUCCACCGUGUCCCCACCAGUAACAACCCCAGCGAGGACAGCGAACUAGAAGAUCAAGAACGACACCACGACGAAGAGCCCGCGUCACCGGGCGAGACCGUGUACUGGGAGACGACGAUCGGGAGCAGCAUUGGGGACUACAGGGAGGUGGAUGGGCUGAUGAUCGCUCACGAGGGGAAGUCCAUCGCCACCGUCUUCCGCUUCGUAGAGACGUCGAUGCAAUACCGCCGCACCCGCAUGGAAGAAGCCUGGACCAUCCACGACAUCGACUUCAACGUCCCGGGACUCUCCUUGGACCACUUCAUCCCUCCUUCCGACAUCCACAUCCCUUCACCUUGACACAUCCUUACCUCCUCCGUGACACACCCCCAUCUAAUUGGACGAACCAUUCCAAAGCUAAAUCCCCCACAUUCUUAUAAUUAAUAACUGCUCACAAUGCUUCCUGUAUAUGAACCCCCUUAGAUUAAUCGUUGGGUUGUUCUGAGUAAUUCUUAUUUUUCUUUCGCUGUUGUCAAGCUGGGGCCGUUCGUUUGAUGUAUCUGACCUUUUUCAGCAUGUAUAAGUGGCGAUGAGUGCAAUUUUGGUGCAAAACAA